AUGCACAAAGAUUAUCUCCCGGCGAAUUCUCAACCUCAAGUCGACGAACCAGACGAGGAGAACACGUGGUCUCCCCUUCAGCUCGCCGCUGCGAAAGGAGAUCUGAGUGAGGUACAGCGUCUUCUAGCCCAUGACACAGUGGAUCCUAAUGAGCCCCCCAAAGGAUAUUAUGGAAAGGCAGCUCUUCAAGCUGCCUCCUCUAGUGGAAACCUCGAUGUAGUGGAGGCACUGCUAGCGGCAGGGGCAGACGUCGAUUCUCCUGGAGGAAACAACGGGGGCAAAACAGCCGUGGUCCUAGCCGCAAGUGCGGGUCAUAUGGAUAUCGUUCGCUGCCUGGUCUCUGCGGGAGCAGAUAUCAACCGUCCUCCGCAUCAGUAUAUGGGUCGAACUGCCUUGCAAGCUGCUGCGGAGGGGGUCAUAUCGAGCUCCUACGAUGAGCAAAGAGCAUCUGUCAAUGCCCCCGCUGUCAGAUAUAAGGGAUUGACAGCCCUGCAAGGCGCAGCUCUUGGUGGCCAUUAUCUUAUUGUCCGGAGACUGUUGGACGCAGGAGCUGAUGUGGAUGCUCAAGGGUCGUACUACAAUGGGUAUACAGCGCUUUCGGCGGCGACGGAAGGGGGCCAUUAUGAGAUUGUUCGGAUGUUGCUGGACGCUGGCGCUGACGUUGCUGCCACGUCUGGAAACAAAACUCGGACAGCGGCGCAGAUCGCGAGUUUCCGAGGACAAGACAAUAUCGCACGACUUCUCAUAGUGGCUGAACAGAAGAUAGGCAUGGCACAAGACAUGAAACCUCAUGACUGUGAUUAG